AUAAGUAAUUAAACGGUAUUUUUUUAAACAAAGGCAGUAAUUUAUAAAAUUGACAUAAGGCAAUUGUCUAUCAUGAAUCUCUUACAAAACAUAUUAUCUGAAUGGACGAAAAAGCUCGAUCCACGGGUAGCCGAUUUACCGUUAAUCGCUUCUUUCUAUCAAGUACCAUUUAUAAUAUUCGCGUACUUGUACUUCGUGCUCAGCUAUGGGCCUCGAUUUAUGAAGAACAGACCGCCAUAUUCAUUAAAGAAGUUUAUAAAGUUGUAUAAUAUCGUUCAAAUUUUGAUAAAUGCGUGGUUAAUAUACGACUAUCUUGACAGUGGUUUAUUUUCGAUCAAAUUAAUGUGUCCUACUUUAGAUUAUUCCUACAAUUAUAUUCCAAUGAGGAUAACUAGGUGCUUAUGGUAUUACUUUCUGUUAAAAAUAUUGGAUUAUGUGGAAACGGGCAUAUUUGUAUUAAGGAAGAAGGAUACUCAGGUAACCGCAUUGCAUUUGUACCAUCAUGUGAGUACCUUUCUUUUGGCGUGGAUAACGCUAAGAUAUUACGCCAUUCCUCCUAUAGCACUUAUGAGCAUCAUUAAUAGCUUCAUACACACGAUAAUGUACACGUACUACCUCUUAGCGGCUUGGGGACCAAAUGUUCAAAAAGCUGUCGCACCUAUAAAACGAUGGAUAACUAUAUUACAGAUGGUACAAUUCAUCGUGAUGAUCUUGUACGGAUUGCAAUACAUCCUGUCAGGUUGCAAAGUAACAAAUUAUUUUAUUUUCUGUAUAUACAUGGGAAAUGUAUUGAUUAAUUUCUACAUGUUUUAUAACUUUUAUCAAAAGACGUACACGAAACUGAAAAAAACUCAAUAG